AUGAAUUUAUAAACUUAAAGUGAAAUAGAUUUAAAACUAUCUGCAUUUGAUAAAUUGGGAGACAAUCCAGAUGAAGUAGAUAUUAAAUAUGUGAGCUAUAUACUUAAAAUCCCAUUAUAAACAAUACGUCUAUGGUUGGAAGAAAGAGUUGAAUAAGAUUUUCAAAUUGAUUUAUCAACUAUUGAAGAAACAGAAUGUUAACUUAUUGGAAGCAAUAUGAAAAACAAAGAAUUAAUAAAUUAAUAAAAUUAAGUUAAGGAAGAAGAUAUUUAGUAAAAAUAAAUAAAUACAUCAUUCAAGUAAUCAUCAAUUGAUUUAAAAGAUAAUUAGGUCUCAAAAUAAAAGAAAAUUAUUGA